AUGGGUUGCAAGGGGAAGAGCGGCUUCAGUCUGCAAGCCUUGCUAAUGACACCCCUGUUUCAUGAUCCUCCCUCCAGCCAGCGAGUGCCCGACCCCACCGGACAAACGUCCUGCUGCUCUGCUUUGCAUCUGCCCUCUUUCGGACGCAGCUUUGCAGGCCCCGGUGGGACGCCUGUGCAAGGACAGGGCUGCGCCGAGGUCGGCCCCUGCCCCUCUCGGCGGCGACCCCGCCGAGCGCGGGGGAGGAGCGGUCCCCGCCCGGCCCGGCUCAUCGCCAGGAAUACAGGCUUCACGUGUAGCUCCACGGGAACGGAGCAGGCCCGGGGGACCCUUUCAGAGUCACGUGGCUCUGCCAUCCCGGCCCACCCCCCAGGUGACCGGUCCAAAGAAAAGCACCUGAGCCAAGGUCAGUCUGUCCCGGCCUGGCCAGUGCCUGUCUGGGAACCUGAAUGGGGAAACCAAAAGGCCCUGGGUAAACCAGGGGAUGCAAAGCUGAGGGUCAUGAAGCUGGGGGGGGGGGGAGGGGAGGGGAGCACGGUUGGAACCGGGAACAUCCGGAGGAAGAAGACAGAGCAAGUGGUCCUCGGGUCCCUGUCCUGCCCGCUGAUCCACGACCAUGGAGCGCCCUUCUCCCGGGGUGGAGACGGGGAGGCGCACACCACGCCUGGGGCAGUGGCUGCCCUGGGCUCCGGGGAAGACAGGGCCGCCUCUUAA